AAACUCUUCUCACUCCACCACUUUUCCCCUUCCCUCAACUGAAAAAUAACACACAACAGAGCCACAGCCACAGCCACAGCCACAGCCACCUCCCUAACACUUAACAUUCAUGGCCACCACUGCAACAGCAGCUGUGCAAUCUUCUAUCUCCUCACCAACAACUUCCAUUAGAUGUCUAGCAACUAAGCUCGGUACACGUACAUCUGAUCCAUUCCUAGUCAAAUUUGGUCCUACAAAAAAAUCAUACUCACCCUUGAUAUGUUCUCAUCAACAUUGUUAUGGAAGUGAACCAAUUUCCAUUUCCUAUAUUAUUAACAAGUCGCGGCGAGCCUCGAGGGUUGCCGCGACUGUCGCUGAGGAGGAGGUGGUAGAGACGGUGCAGGAAGAAGUGGAGGAGAAAGAAGCAAUACAAGGGGAAGUUGAAGGUGAUGAUAAAGGUGGUGAUGAGGUUGAAGCAGUAAAUACUAAGCUUUACUUUGGGAAUUUACCUUAUCUUUGUGAUAGUGCCCAACUUGCUGGUAUUGUCCAAGAGUAUGGCACCCCUGAAUUAGUUGAGGUUCUUUACAAUAGAGUCACAGGAAAAAGCAGAGGAUUUGCAUUUGUCACCAUGAGCAGUAUUGAGGAUUGCAACGCUGUCAUAGAGAAUCUGGAUGGAAGUGAAUAUGGUGGGCGAUAUUUGAGAGUGAAUUUUGCUGAUAAGCCGAAGACAAGAGAGCCAUUAUAUCCAGAGACAGAACACAAGUUGUUCGUGGGUAACUUGUCAUGGUCAGUGAACUCGGAGAGCUUGUACCAAGCGUUUGAACAAUAUGGUAGUGUGGUGGGAGCAAGAGUCUUGUUUGAUGGUGAAACUGGCAAGUCUCGAGGUUAUGGUUUCGUUUGUUAUGCUACACGAGCUGAAAUGGAGAAGGCCCUUGCUUCUCUUAAUGGAGUGGAACUAGAAGGGCGAGCAAUGCGAAUAAGCUUGGCAGAAGGGAAGAAAUCAUAAGUGAGGAUAAAUAAAUAGAGAUAUCUCAACCGUAAAUUUUAUUGUACUGUGAUGCUGGAAAAGAAAAACAAGGAGUGACGCUUGACGAAGUUUGACACACAUGAAUUCAGUAUUUUUCUUGUAUUAUUCAUGGUGUGACCAGUCUAAAUGGGAGACCAGGAGUUAGUAUUCACUCAUUGCGACAAGUUUACGUUUGAUUUGUUUUUCUUACCAUAAAUGUAGAUUGGUUGUAAUAUGAUCACUUUCAUGCUUCGUUAAUGCUUGCUGGUAUUUUCAGAUGAACAUAGGAUACCCUAUAUUCUUCUUUUUAACAGUUUAUCAGCAUUUUUAGGUGGAUUCAUAUAUGGUAUUUUAUAGUCAUACAUAGUCUAUAAAGCUUU